CCUUCUACAAAGAAAAAGGAUUAUAAGGGUAUAUUUACUGAAGUCUGAAAAAUCAUAAAGAAGAUAGAUAAUACAAAACCAAAAUAACACAACAAGCUUAUUACAAAGUUUACAAUUACUGUACACAUUCUAAAACAUAGUGCCCUUUUAUUCUAGUCAGAAAUAUAACAGUAAAUUCCAUAUUUCUAUUUUGUCAUGUCUCAAUUGAUUAAAAAUGCUGUUCAGAAAAUGGAGAUUGAGAAUAGAUUUAUUGUAAGGAGUUUUCUUUUUUAAACAAAAAUGCAAGUAUAUGUUUUACAUAUUUGCUUUUACUUAGAAAAAAACUUACUUAGAAAAAUACAACUUGGGUGUAGUACCAUGUGGUGUAAACAACUAAACUAUUUUACUUUUUACUUUCCUAUGAAUGAGCCAGUAUAUAUUUAUUACUGGAGUUCCAGCUAUAAAAUUCAGGUAAGGGGUUUAAAUAUACCCUAGAGUAUUAUUUAAAAAUAAAUUUGUUUCUUUCAACAAGAAUACCGGCCUUGGUGUAUGACAUUUAGGGGAGAAAUUAAAAUAUUAAACUUUUAUUACCUAGUAAACUGAAAAUAAAGGUUAAAUAAAUAGAAAGAAAAAAUAUAUAAAUACAAAAUCACAACCUCUAAGAGAACAAACAGUCUACUGUUCUCAACUGUGGGAGCUUUAUCAAAAGUAGUAAGUAAUUCCCCUCUAGGUAGUUCCAGUACUCAAAAAUGUAAACAACUAUGUACUUUGUUUAUAUAAAGAAGUAUGCAGUAUGGUUUGUAUUUCUUUAUAGACAUCUAGUAGCUGAAUGGAUUGUUUCACUGCACCAGUAGGGGCCAGCAAAGAGCUCUUAGAGUCUGAACAAAAUUGGCAUUGAGAGAUGUUUAUUUGAUGUGUUAAAUCCUUUUUAGACUUCUUUACUUACCACAACACUCGCUUAAGUGAAUGAAUUGCAGAGACAGUGGAAUAAAAUAUCUUGUGUGCUUAAAUUAUAUUGGGGUAUAGUUUUUCUGUCUAAUCUGCAUAUAUUUUUUAUGGAAUGUUUGCUUAGGCUAUUUCUUGGCAGAGUUUUAAUAGUCAAAAUAUAAAUGGCAUCAUUUAAAGACUGUACCACUUGGCUGGAAAAGGCCUUAAAAUUACAGGAGAAAAUGCUUGGUGACAGCUUCUCUCGAACUUUUUUUUCUCAGACAGAUGCUCAAGUUUUGCAGUAGUGUUACUAGGCUAAUUUUGUAUUUCUAUCCUUAAACUUUCACUUUCUGUAAGUAGGGUUUUGGAAGCUAAAAUAUUUAUCUAUUUGAUUUAAUGCUAAAGUUUUAAUUCACCUCAAAGUGUUGGUAUUUCCAAAUUUAUGCAACUGUUUGAACUUCCUCAUUUAAUAAAAUUUAACAGUCUGUAUUCCUUUCUAAAUUAACUAGCUUGACUAAAUUUCUAGUAUGGCUACUAUUUGGAAAUUCAAUCCUUGAUUUGAUACUCAAUUACAUGGGGUUUCAUUCCUACCAACUUCCUGUAAUUCUAUCCCUAAGGGUAAAAAUAUUAGUGGUCAAAUUCUGCUGGAGAAAGUAUAGGCACCGUGAUUCACAUGGUUAAAUGUUCAUUUAGUAGGAGCUGGAGUGAAAAAAUACUGUUUCAACUUGAAAUGCUAGAAGAUUGUUGUUCUUGUGUUACUCAUUCAUGCAAAUUGGAGAAGGUAUAAUUGAAACAAGGUUGGCAGUGUUUGAGGCAGUUUGCUGCAGCUGAGCUCAGCUUAAAGGUUGCUGGAAAUCAAGUGCUUUGUAAGUGAAGGCAUUUUGACUACAAGCAAUUCAAGAUAUUUGGAAACAUCAGUCUCAGGAAUGGGUCGUCUUUUUCUUUCUAUGAUAUCUGGUAUCUAAGGUUUUACUUAGGAUAAAGACUACUACUUAAGAAGCUCAAUUAGCACCACAAAUGAUUUUUUCUUUCGAUGCAGUGCAGCUGCUUCUAGCCUGUCUACCGACAGAGAUCUUUGUUAUGACUUUCAGCCCUUAACAUGUUUGGAAAUGAGAACAAAUGGCACAAAGUUUACGAUUGCACUUUGCAGCCAGAAGAAGCAACACUUACCCUUUGUCAGAAACCUCCAGAGAUGAUUUGGAUAGCAAUGUUCCCAUGUGCUUCCAAAGACCAACACGGAUUUCAGCGUCUAACGUUGUUCAGAUGAAGCUGACUCCUAGACAGACUGCAUUAGCUCCGUUAAUAAAGGAAAACGUUAAGUCUCAGGGAAGAUCAUCUGUUCCUUCACCUGAAAAUGUUAAUAAAAAGAGCAGCUGCCUGCAGAUUUCACUACAGCCAACAAGGUACAGUGGAUGUCUUCAGUCUAGCAAUGUCUUAGCUGAUGGUGAUGAUGCUUCAUUUGCUUGCAUCUUGAAGGACGACAUUUACAGCAGUGUUGUGGUUGAUAAUGAGCUGAAUGCUGUGAAUGGUGGUGACCUUUUAGGCAGUUCUGCCAUAUGCAGUGGCCUUAGUAACUUUUCAGCCAGUGAGAAUGGGUCUUGUAGCAGCAACUGUAGUGAUUAUGGGUCAUGCACAAGUAUCACAAGUGGAGGUUCGUAUGCCCACAGUAUCAUCAGUGACAGCAGUGGUUAUACUUUCCCACCAACUGAUGACGCUUUUUUUGGUGGAACUUUAUCUUCUGACAGCACCUCAAGUAGAAGUGUGCCAAACAGGAAUUCUACUCCAUGUGAAAUUUUUUCCAGAAGCUCAAGUACAGUUCCCUUCAUCCAAGAUGACUUGGAGCAUGGACUGGAGAUGAUGAAAUUGCCAGUGAGUAGGAACUCAGAAAUUCCACUAAAACGUUGUUCAUCCUUAGUCAUUUUUCCUAGGAGUCCUUCAAAUACUCCACCAACUUCUCCAACAAGUACCGGUACUCUUCCAAGCAAAGGAUCCUAUCAAACCUCACACCAAUUUGUUAUUUCUCCUAGCGAAAUUGCCCACAGUGAAGAUGGUACUAGCACUAAGGGAUUUCUUUCAACAGCUGUCAGUGGCCUUCGGUUAUCUAAGACAAUGUUUAUUCCCGGAGAAUUAAGAGACAUACAACCACUUCACAGGAAGGGCUCAUUUCAAAAGAAAAUUGUUAUUGCAAAUAAUAGUCCAAACCAGACUGCCUGUGAAAAGUCAUCUGAAGGAUAUUCUUGUGUUUCAGUGCAUUUCACACAACAAAAAGCAACGACAUUUGAUUGUGAAACAGCAAAUGGUGAUUGUAAACCAGAGAUUUCAGAAAUUAAGCUUAAUUCUGAUUCACAGUAUAUUAAGUUUAUGCAUAGGACAGCUGCAUGUUUACCAUCCUCCCAAAAUGUAGAUUAUCAGAUAAAUAUCAACGGACAGUUGGAAAGACCAAAUUUACAGAUAAACAAAAACGAUGGCAUUUUACAAAGAAGUAUUUCAUUGAGAGGAACUUACCCAAAUGUUUCCUGUUUAUCCAGCCUUAAGCACAGUUGUUCUAAGGGGGGACCAUCUCAAUUGCUCAUAAAGUUUGCAUCUGGAAAUGAAGGUAAAGUUGAUAAUUUAUCAAGAGACAGCAAUAGAGAUUUCACAAAUGAACUCUCUAAUUCUUUGAAGCAUUCUUCUAAGACAAGAGAUGAUUUCCUAGGUCAAGUGGAUGUUCCUCUUUAUCCAUUACCGACAGAAAAUCCAAGAAUGGAGAGACCAUAUACAUUUAAGGAUUUUGUUCUUCAUCCAAGAAGUCAGAAAUCAAGAGUUAAAGGUUAUCUGAGAUUAAAAAUGACUUAUUUACCUAAAACCAAUGGCUCAGAAGACGAUAACCCAGAACAGGCUGAGGAAUUAGAGCCUGGCUGGGUUGUCUUGGACCAACCAGAUGCUGCGUGCCAUUUGCAGCAUCAACAAGAACCUUCUCCUCUACCUCCGGGAUGGGAAGAAAGGCAGGAUAUUCUUGGAAGGACCUACUAUGUAAACCAUGAGUCUAGAAGAACGCAGUGGAGAAGACCAACCCCUCAAGACAACCUAACAGAAGCUGAGAAUGGUAACAUCCAACUGCAAGCGCGUGCAUUUACCACCAGGCGGCAGAUAUCUGAGGAAACAGAAAGUAUUGACAAUCGAGAGUCUUCUGAGAACUGGGAAAUUAUAAGAGAAGAUGAAGCCACCAUGUAUAGCAAUCAGGCUUUCCCAUCACCCCCACCAUCAAAUAAUUCGGAUGUUCAGGCUCAUCUUGCAGAAGAAUUGAAUGCCAGACUCACUAUUUGUGGAAAUCCAGCCACCAGCCCGCCCGUAUCCAGCUCAAAUCAUUCCAGCAGAAGAGGUAGUUUACAAGCCUAUACGUUUGAGGAACAGCCUACACUUCCUGUGCUUUUGCCUACUUCAUCUGGAUUACCACCAGGUUGGGAAGAAAAACAAGAUGAGAGAGGUAGAUCAUAUUACGUAGAUCACAAUUCCAGAACUACUACUUGGACAAAGCCCACUGUACAGGCCACCAUGGAGACCGGACAGUUGCUGCCAAGCCAGAGCUCCUCUUCAUGCCCUCAACCACAGGUCCCCACAGGUGAUUCAGCACAGCAGGUGACCCAGCCAUCUGAAGUGGAGCAAGGAUUCCUUCCUAAGGGCUGGGAGGUCCGGCAUGCACCAAAUGGGAGGCCUUUCUUUAUUGACCACAACACCAAAACCACCACCUGGGAAGAUCCAAGACUGAAAAUUCCAGCUCAUCUGAGAGGAAAGAUGUCACUUGAUUCUUCCAGUGAUCUGGGACCUUUACCUCCAGGAUGGGAAGAAAGAACUCACACAGAUGGAAGAAUCUUCUACAUAAAUCACAAUAUAAAAAGAACACAAUGGGAAGAUCCUCGGUUGCAGAAUGUAGCAAUAACUGGACCAGCAGUGCCCUACUCCAGGGAUUACAAAAGAAAGUAUGAGUUCUUCCGAAGAAAGUUGAAGAAGCAGAAUGACAUUCCUAACAAAUUUGAAAUGAAACUUCGCCGUGCAACCAUCCUUGAGGAUUCUUACAGGAGAAUCAUGGGUGCCAAGAGGGCGGACUUCCUCAAGGCGCGACUGUGGAUUGAGUUUGAUGGCGAAAAGGGAUUAGAUUAUGGAGGCGUUGCCAGAGAAUGGUUCUUCCUGAUCUCGAAGGAAAUGUUUAAUCCUUAUUACGGGCUGUUUGAAUAUUCUGCUACGGAUAAUUAUACUCUACAGAUAAACCCAAACUCUGGACUGUGUAAUGAGGAUCACCUCUCUUACUUCAAGUUCAUUGGUCGGGUAGCUGGAAUGGCAGUUUAUCACGGCAAACUGUUGGAUGGUUUUUUCAUCCGCCCAUUUUACAAGAUGAUGCUACACAAACCUAUAACACUUCAUGAUAUGGAAUCAGUGGAUAGUGAAUAUUACAAUUCACUAAGAUGGAUUCUUGAAAAUGAUCCAACAGAACUGGACCUCAGGUUUGUCAUAGAUGAAGAACUUUUUGGACAGACCCAUCAACAUGAGUUGAAAAACAGUGGAUCAGAAAUAGUUGUCACCAAUAAGAAUAAAAAAGAAUAUAUUUAUCUUGUAAUACAGUGGCGGUUUGUAAACCGAAUCCAGAAGCAAAUGGCCGCUUUUAAAGAGGGAUUUUUUGAACUAAUACCACAGGACCUCAUCAAAAUUUUUGAUGAAAAUGAACUAGAGCUUCUUAUGUGUGGACUGGGAGACGUUGAUGUGAAUGACUGGAGGGAACACACCAAGUAUAAAAACGGCUACAGUGUAAAUCAUCAAGUCAUACAGUGGUUCUGGAAGGCUGUUUUAAUGAUGGAUUCCGAAAAAAGAAUAAGAUUACUUCAGUUUGUCACUGGCACAUCUCGUGUGCCUAUGAACGGAUUUGCUGAAUUAUAUGGCUCAAACGGACCUCAGUCAUUCACAGUUGAACAGUGGGGCACCCCAGAAAAACUGCCAAGAGCCCAUACGUGCUUUAACCGCUUGGACUUGCCACCCUAUGAAUCAUUUGAAGAAUUAUGGGAUAAGCUUCAGAUGGCAAUUGAGAACACUCAAGGUUUUGAUGGUGUUGAUUAGAUGACGAUCUACUGUGUUUUACUACCACUUUGAUUUAAGCCAAAUCUUGACUUAGAAUUUUCUGGGGAACUACUAAAAUUUGGCACUUGUUUCUUCCCAGGUAUUGGAGAAAGUCAUAUUAAAGUAUUAGAAGCAAUAGUAUGACAACUUUACCCUAUUUCACCCACUUUUAAAUAAUGGGUAGCAUUUACACAGCUGUUUCAUUCUAGCUUUAAGACUCUACAGUGUAAAGUCCUCUGUGCCUGAAAAAGUGGGUUUUGUCCUUGACAUUUACCUCUUUGACAGUGUUUUCCAGGCAGUUCUUUCUUUAACUACUGAAAUGAUAACUGUGAAAUAUGUGUGACAAGUGUCAUGUGUGAAAAGUUUCAUGCUUUUUGAGAAGGAAAACUAAGAUUUGGGAAAGAAUUCCUUAACAUUGAGUAAACUACACCAUAUUCAUGCUGCCUGCAGCUAUUUAUUAUUUCAUAGACCUGCCUAAUGCAUCUCACUGCCUGGAUUUUUGGAAAAACCUUUGAAAGUGUGCUACUUAUAUUUUUAGUCAACUGACUCAUUUGUUUAAAAAAAAAUUGUUUACUUCUUCACUUUAAAAGUAUUUGGCUUUUGUUAAUAUGCAGUUUUACUAAAAAGGUGGUUCAUAAGAGAUGUGAAGCAAAGUCUGAUUUGCAAAGAGUGAAAAGUAUUAACGCCUGCUCUUGCCUGCAAUCCUGUGGGCCACUGGUGUACAGUCACCACUCUUUGCUGUUUUAGGUUAGUUUAAGGAAAGAAUUCCUUCUUCAAACAUUGACCUAAGGCUCCACAAAGCAGUAUUUCUAAAUAAGCUUUGAAGGACUAAGUUAAAUGUAUAGCACUUGCCUUCACUAGUCAUUCUUUACAUUUGCACAAUUAUGUAGUGAAUAUAUGUUUACAGGGUUUAUUGCGUUUACAGAGUAAGCUAAUUUCUGUAGUUGCAUUUGUAUAUUUUUAGUAUUUUACUUUUAUCAAAAAACCAAAUAAUUUGUUAAGAAAUAACCAAAGAAUAGUUACGAUGCAUAAUUUGUAUUAAAUUUAUUACCAUAUUUCUUAUGCUUUUUAAAAUUGCUGUUUACUAUAAGUCCAAAACUCUUCAGGCAAAAUGUUACAGCUAGAAUCCUACUUUAAACAAAUUAAAGUACAUCAAAAUCACAUACAUGCAUUCAAACAAACAUUCACUAAAUGUGUGCUAUAUGCACAGCACUGGGCUAAGCCCUGGGGGUGAGAAUUGUCAGCUUCAAAGAAAUAUAGUUCUGUCAUCAUCCUCAAGGGACUUAUGGACGAGCAAAUGAAUUUGUAAACAAAAACUAGGGGGGAUCAGAAGAAGGCAAAGGAGAAAGCGUUCUAGUGCACCUACAAAGAUAAAGUGUGCCCAGACUGUAUUUAUAUGUUUCAUAUCUAUAUUGGAAUGAUUAGAUAGAAAAUGCUCUUGCAAAAACUUAA